CUAAUGCAAAAUGGAUGGAACAACGUUAUCUCGAACAUCAGUGUUGGCAGUGUGAACACCGUGAAUUAUCUCUUCAGAACAUGGGAGCGGUUGGCACCGAAUCGUAACAUGGAUUUGUACUCCUUGGAAAAGUUUAAGAAGUAUAAAAAUGAUUGGAAUUACCCAGUACAUGUCCGCUAUCAGGAUCAAGUGAUGGCUGAAAAAGAGAAACCACGUACGACCUUCCAAACAGCGAUGAAGGUGACCUUGACAAUAGGCCAGUGCUUUGGCCUGAACCCAGUCCAGGGUAUCAGAGAGAAAGACGCUUCGAAAUUGAGAUUCAAAUUACUAUCAGGGCGUUGCCUUUUUACGUUUUUUUCUUUGAUUGGUCAGUUCAUCAUGGCGUUUGUACUAUUUCUGAGUUUAUUCAAAGAAACUUCGUCUACAGUAGAUACUGCAACUGCACUAAUAUUCUACUGUUUUGGCUUCACAACAACUAUACUGUUUUUCCGCAUCGCAACAAAUUGGCCGAAGCUAUGCAUGCAUAUUGCAAAAGUUGAGAGUGUAGAUCCUAAUACAGACAACAAAUUAGGAAAGAAGUUCAAUAUUGCUUGUUUUUCGAUACUAUUCUUGGCGCUGAUGGAGCACUUAUUUUCAGAACUGCAUGGAAUAUCCAUAGCUCUGGACUGCUUCCCUGAUACUCCUGUAUACGAGAGUUUCAUGAAACACAGCUUUCAGUGGCUCUUUGGUUUCAUACCGUACAGUGACUUCGCAGGAGGUAUGGCUCAUUUUUCCAAUCUCCAAUGUACAUUUAACUGGAACUUUGCCGAUGUGUUCGUCAUCUGCAUGAGUAUGUACUUGACCGCGAGGCUCGAACAAGUCAAUCAAAGGAUUAUUGCCGCUAAAGAUAAGAAUUCCCCAUCGUCAUUCUGGCGCACAAUGCGAGAAGACUACAACAGAUCAGUGCACCUCGUCAGGCAGGUGGACAAGAUCAUUGGAGGCGUGGUGUUUAUAUCAUUCGCUAGUAACCUGUUCUUUGUAUGCUCACAACUGCUGCAUACACUUGCAGGAGGUAUAAAGGCGUCUCAGAGAUGCAAGCCAGAAAUUGGAGCAGAUCGAAGAUUCUUCUAUGGCUACGAACACUCGAUAUACUUCGUGUUCUCCUUCUCGUUCCUGGUGAUCAGAUCUCUGGCUGUCUCCCUCACUGCAUCCAAGGUUCAUGCGGCUAGCUUGGAGCCAGCUUACUCGCUAUAUGACGUGUCUUCUGCUAACUAUUGUGUUGAGGUGGAGAGGUUCCUUGAUCAGAUACAUGGGGACACGGUGGCAUUGAGCGGCCUUCAAUUCUUUCACGUCAAGAGAGGACUGGUAUUGACGAUUGCGGGUACCAUAGUGACGUAUGAGUUGGUGCUGAUGCAGUUCACAGGUAUCACUCCAACGACAUCGCCUGAGUCUGUCAGUGGUGUUAUUAAGUAG